CAUCGUUCCCGGCAAAGACAAGAAGAAACCUUUAACAUAAACAAACUCAAAAACAACCAAAGCAAAACCCAGAUCCCUUCAAAGUCCUAAACCCAUUCUUAUUUUUGUCAAAACCAAAACCCCUUUUCUUUUCAUCUCAUGAUUCUGUUCUGAAAAACAAAAAGGAAGAAGAAAGGGGAAAGGUUCAAUCAGAGGUGAAUUAUGGGUUGUUGUGAAUCAUCUUUUCAAACAGAAACCCACCCAGAGAAAGACCAGAGCCGGCAACUGAAACCGGAGCCCCGGAACCAUAACCAAGAAGCUCCGGGUGCUGGACCCGAUCCGGGUGUUGCUAAUGGAGUCCCUUCUUUCACCGAGUUCUCCUUGGCUGACCUUAAGGCAUCCACCAAUAAUUUCAGUUCAGAUAACAUAGUUUCUGAAAGUGGGGAAAAAGCUCCCAACCUUGUUUAUAAAGGUCGUUUGCAGAACAGGAAAUGGAUCGCUGUUAAGAAGUUUACUAAGACGGCUUGGCCUGAUUCAAAGCAGUUUGUGGAUGAAGCAUGUGGAGUAGGGAAGUUGAGGCACAGGAGGCUAGCAAAUUUGAUAGGGUAUUGCUGUGAUGGUGAUGAAAGGCUGCUUGUUGCUGAGUACAUGAUUAAUGACACACUUGCUAAACAUUUGUUCCAUUGGAGAGUCACCCCAGAAAGCGUUAUUUACAGCUUUGGCACCGUUCUUCUUGAUCUUCGUAGUGGGAAGCACAUCCCUCCUAGUCAUGCCCUCGAUAUGAUACGGGGUAAAAACAUCAUGGUCCUCAUGGAUUCACAUUUAGAGGGAAAAUUUUCAACAGAGGAGGCAACCGUGGUUGUUGGACUUGCCUCUCAGUGUUUGCAAUAUGAGCCCAGGGAACGGCCUAGUGUGAAGAUUCUUGUUGCCACACUUGCUCCAUUGCAAACCAAACCUGAUGUUCCAUCUUAUGUUAUGCUUGGAAUAUCAAAAUACGAGGAAGCUCCACCAACACCUCAGCGUCCACUUUCGGCAAUGGGUGAGGCCUGUUCACGACUUGACCUUACAGCUAUUCAUCAGAUACUGGUGAUAAAUCACUACAAGGAUGAUGAAGGGACGAAUGAGUUAUCUUUCCAAGAGUGGACCCAGCAGAUGAGAGAUAUGCUCGAGGCUAGGAAGCGUGGGGACUAUGCAUUCCGUGAUAAAGAUUUUAAAACUGCCAUUGACUGUUACUCCCAGUUCAUAGACGUCGGAACCAUGGUCUCCCCGACUGUUUUCGCUCGACGCAGCCUAUGAUGCUAUCUAUUUAGCGAUCAACCAGACGUUGCCCUUGCAGAUGCAAUGCAGGCACAGAUUGUGAAUCCAGAUUGGCCGACUGCCUUCUAUAUGCAAUCAGUUGCUCUUGCCAAACUAGACAUGCAUAAAGACGCCGCAGACAUGUUGAACGAAGCUACCGGACUUGAAGAAAAGAAGCAACGAGUCAUGAAGGGGUCGUGAGAACAAAAUAUAGUGUUCUUUGAUUCUACAUUUCUGUACCAUUUUCAUGUCAAGGCUGCCGAAGGUUUGUGUAAAAAUCCGAGUUUGAAAUCGAAUUUCAAAUUGAAAUUGUAUGAAAUAGCAAAGAAUGUAUUCCCCCCC